AAUGCAUCUCUUGCCUUCUUUUAGUCUACUGGGGCUCAUUGCUCCGGAUCCUACAGAGCCUCUCCCUAUCCUCCCUUCUCCUUGAUGCUUUCCUGAAGGAGGGCAGACCUGUGCAGUUGGAGGUGGCUGUGCUGUGGGCUGCAGUGAGAAACAGACUCAGUAUUUUCUAAUUCUUGGAUCUGGUCUCCCUGGUAGCUGCCAUGGAUCCGCUCAUCUCGGCCUUCCUGAAGGGUGCUUCAGAAAAGAAUUUCCAACAAUUAGCUAUGGAGUUUCUGCCUCAGUAUACUGCACUGGUCAGUAAGACGGGAGGCAUGCUCUCUCCAGAGACUCUCUCUGGUAUUCACAAAGGCCUCCUGGAGGGAAAGCUGCCUGACGUCAUGAGCCACAUCCAGGAGGCGAUUCAUGCUGCAGAGAAUGCUGUCCUGCAGGUGGCUGUGAUUGGGCAGUCUGGGACCGGCAAGUCCAGUUUCAUAAAUGCCCUUCGAGGAGUGAGUCAUGAAGCAGAGGAAUCCGCUGAUGUUGGGACAGUGGAGACCACAAUGUGUAAAAUCCCCUAUCAACAUCCAAAAUAUCCCAAAGUGAUCUUCUGGGACCUGCCUGGGACCGGGACACCCAAUUUCCACGCAGACACGUAUCUAGACAAAAUGGCAUUUGCCAGCUAUGACUUCUUCAUCAUCAUUUCUUCUUCCCGCUUCAGCCUCAAUGAUGCUCUCCUGGCUCUGAAAAUCAAGGAUGCUGGGAAGAAGUUCUACUUUGUUAGAACCAAGGUGGACAGUGACUUAUAUAGCGAAGAGAAAACCAAACCCAAAACCUUCAAGAAGGAGAAUGUCCUUCAGCGUAUUCGAGACUACUGUCUGACUAAUCUCAUAAGCAUUGGAGUGACGGAACCACACAUCUUCCUAAUCUCCAACUUUGAUCUGGAUACUUUCGACUUCCCAAAGCUGCAGGAGACUCUGCUGAAGGAACUCCCUGGGCACAAGCGCCAUAUGUUUGCCCUGCUCUUGCCCAAUAUCUCUGAUGCUUCCCUUGAGCUAAAGAAACAUUUUCUUCAAGAGAAGAUCUGUCUGGAGGCCUUGAAGUCAGCUGCUGUGAGCUUUAUCCCCUUUAUGACCUUCUUUAUCGGCUUUGAUCUACCUCAACAAGAAGAGUGCUUGAAGGAGUACCGAAACUAUUUUGGCUUGGAUGAUAAAUCGGUUGAAGAGAUUGCUGAAAGGUUGGGCACACCCUUGGAAGAUAUCAAGGACCAACUCAAGUGCUUGGAUUUCUGGUCCCUUGUAAAGGAUGACAGCAUAAUCACACAAGCUAAGAACGCUGCUGAAGCUUUUUCUUCCGUGAGUGGAGGCCCUGCGUCUUCUGUCUUCCAGGCUUUGAAAGUCUACUACAGGCGCAAACAAUUCCUUAACACCGUGGCUGAUGAUGCCAAACAUCUCUUGAGAAAGAUGGAAACAGUAAAUGUUGCCUUGGCAAACAGUAAAUGAGUUUCAGGGCUUCUGUGUGUCCAGAUUGGCAAUGGGGUUGGUUGUCCUUCCACCAUACUCCCAGGCAAGCUCUUCCCUAAGGUCCACAGAUGUGUAUCCCAUAGAGAAAGUCCAUUGCUUCCCUUUAGAGAUCACUAUCAUGCAUGAAUUUUUUUUGGUUUUUUUGGUUUUUUAUUUUUUAUUUUUAUUUUUUUUUUCUCAUAUGCUAUUUUCUAUGUUCAUUGAUUUUUCUUGAUAAUAGUCAGCAAUAGCAUAUCAUCUGCCUCUGUGUUAAGAGAGAACCUAUUUCUGAUCCAUUUACACCAAUAAAUAAAAGUUUGUAAUAACAAAACGA